AUGCGCUUAACGUUCUCGUCAACUUCCUGUGUGCACACAUCAUGUCUCACCCGCAUCCCUGACUUUUUUUAUUUAAAUUUUUGUAAUCGAGGUAGGUGGUUGUAGCCGAUCUACCUUCGUUUGUUUCACCCUGUGCCUUAUUCUGGAAGAUCGAAUGUUAAAGAGCAGCAAAGGAGAACGGGCAGUGAUUCACAAAGGCAAUACCCUGGCUUUUAAAGCAUUCCACAUGCUACAUCCGAAACCGAACUGUGCCUUUACCUCCGAACGCAUCAACGAGAACGUCCUCAUACUGUAUACCUUGCAGAAAAGGAAAUGAAUGGCGAAGAAAAAAGAGAAACCCACCCUGAAAAAUUGGAAGAUGACAAGGUGCCAAUUACGGAAGAUAGCUCAUCCAGCAACCUAGACGAGGAGAGUCAUGCAACAAAAAUUGCUCUUCAUGAGGACACAGAUGAAAAUAGUAGCACCCAUGCUAAAACAGAGUUCUCAGGGGACACCUACUCCGAAGACAAUAUCAGGGACAGUAGCCUCAGCCACAAGAAAGACACCACAGUGGUCCAACCUUCAAAGAUCGAGGCUGUCCGCAAUCCAAGUGGCGAUUAUGUCUGCCCAGUUUGUAAUGAUGCAACAGAUUCACCUCAUGCCUUCACACUGCACAUUCGGCAGCACAAUCCAACCGACCAUUCCCACACGUGUCGUCUGUGUGGAAAGACACUCAGCUCUGCUAGCUCCCUAGAUCGACAUAUGUUAGUUCACUCAGGUGAACGUCCAUUCAAGUGUAUUGUUUGUGGCAUGGCCUUUACAACAAAUGGCAACAUGCACCGUCACAUGAGAACUCACGCCAGUCCGGAUGACAGCUCUAGCCCAAAGACGACACCCAAGUGCAGGCCUUCUGUUGAUGUUGACACACCGCCCCAAUCCCCUAAAGAAUCUGGCAGUGCUGAUGAAUAUCAUGAUGCUGAAGAUCUCAGCUGUCCAGUCUGUGGCAAGGGUUUCCUUUGCAGAUCAGGUUUAGUCACUCAUAUGGGAACCCAUCCCAAUGAUCCCAUACAGUGCAAAAAGUGUUGUGAAGUGGCUGCUAAUUACACAGUGUACAUAGGACACCGUUGUAAUGGCAUCUCUGCUAGAAGAAGUGGACAGGGUGCUUCACUAGUUAGAGAUGAUGCCACUCCUUUGGCUGGGUUUCAUGACCUAACGUUUGUUGACUUCUCAAUGGGGAAGUUUUCACUGAUUGCAAAGUCUCUGUGUGAGAGCAAGGUUCGCCGACCUAGCAGUGCAUUCCAUGUUUUUGAAUGUGAGCUUUGCAAAAGGGCGUUCCCUUGUAGCAGUGCUUUGAGACUGCAUGUUUUGUCUCAUAGUGGCAACCGAGGAACCUUCUGCCCUAGCUGUAGCUGUGACUUUUCCAGCCCUUCUUUUCUUGAAUUGCAUCAGCUACGGCAUCGCAAGGCUGAGCAGUGUCAUGGCGACUACUGGCAGAAGGAACAUGAUUCUUACUGCAAUAAAGAAGAUUUCCUUGCCCUUCUUGAGCUACAGACCAACAAGUCAAGCCUUUGUGAAGUGGCUGCUUGGCCAUAUCUUCGAGAGGAACAUUUUGAGAACUAUGCAUACUUUACAAAUGGGCAUAAUGAGUCAGUAGAGAAGGAAUCAGGUAGUCAGGAUUUUGCUGAUAUUCAGUCGAUUAUUUCAGUCACUUCCAAAGCACCCCUUGCUGCAACAUCUCCUGGGCAGAGUAGGGCAUCUCCACGACCAGGUUCACCCCUCAUAGCAGAUUCAGCUUCAGCUAGUCCAGAGAUAACAAACAGCAAAGGAGAAGAGAGCUCCCCAAGUGAAGAGAAUCAGCAACUCUUCACAUGCAAAUUGUGUAAAAUGUCAUUUCGAAGCCUCGGGGUACUCAAGAAGCACGGACAGUUACACACCCAUGGGAUGACCCCUUAUGCCUGCAAUGUGUGCUCCUACACCAGCAUGGAUAAAAGUACAUUGGUUCGACAUCUUCGUACCCACAAUGGAGAGCGUCCGUUCCAGUGUGCAAUCUGCAAGUAUGCAUUCACAACUAAAGCAAACUGUGAGCGUCAUGUCCGCAAGCGGCAUAAGAAAAUGACAAAGGGGGAAAUUCGUAAUGCAAUGCAAUACAAUCCGCACAUGUCUGAACCACCACGAGUGACAGAAACAGCGCCAGCUGAGGUUGGCUGCAUGGAAACCAUCUGCAAGUACUGCAAUGUAGACUUCAAGUUCAAUCGUGUAUUGCGACACCACCUACGCUCCCUGCACAACAGCUGCAGCCGGAAGCCUUUCUGUUGCAAUAUCUGUAAGUUAGGCUUCUCCACAAAGAAUAACUGCAUCAGACAUGCUCUCAAACAGCACCCAGAAAUGAAGGAUAAACUAGCUGAGGUUGUUUCUGCGAAGCCAGUUGCACAUAAUGAGGUCUCUGAUGACUCUUCGAGUAAACAAGAGCAAAGUCAUACACAUCAAGAUCAUGAGGUGCUAUCCGAGCCAUCAUCCCCACUAUCUCAUGCUACAGAAACGCCUAAUUCUCCGGAAGAUAUGGAAAUUCUGGAGGAAGAGUGCAUUAACUUGUCCAACUCUAUGAAUGGCUCAUCUUCACAGGAUUCAGAGCCACUCAACUUGACUACCAGAUCAUUGAAAGGACCUUCUUAUGACAGUUCUGACACAUCCGGUACAGAUGAACGGGUGACUGCUGCCAAGAGUCUGGUUUCUUUGUCUGAGCUUCCUCCACCUCAGGAAGAACCACUUGACUUGGCUGUGCAUGCAUUGGACCUAAGCAGAAAGUCUUUUAGUAACUCAGGUAGUCCCAGGAGCUCACUAUGUGGUAGUCCAAACAGCAAUUGUGUGCUUUGUCCAUGCCCUGGAAGUAGCCACUUGUCUCCCAGAACACCUCCACUGGGUCGUCCUCCUGUUGAUGGAGCACAUUCACCUCGAACCAUAGAUAUCACAGAAUCAUCACCCAAUAAAGUGCAAGAUGAUGUGUACAAAAUGACAUUUCGAAUGGUAAAUGAAAAACUCUCUCCAAAGAAUCAAAGGUCCUUCAGUUGCAUGUAUUGCUCUGCAGGCUUUACCCUUAAAUCUAAUAUGGAGAGGCACAUUAAGCGUAAACACCCAGAAUUUGCUAGGCCUACCCGCAGCCGUAAUUUCAUUCCAACCCUCAGCACUCCGGGUGUCUCAAAGCCUUUCUCUUCCGCGUUGUCUGACGAAACUAGGACUGCGCUUAGAGUGGUGCUCAACAGCAAAGUAAACAAGACAACCGAUGCAGCUGAGAGCACCUCCAUAAUUAUCCCUCAAGAUAAUAAGGAUGAGUGCAAAGAAAUACAGGAUCUGUCAGGAAGAAGCUCCGAAGACACGAGCGACGCCACCGAAAGCUCCGCUGACCUUGCGAGCGUUUCUGCACUCAUAAGCACAGCAAAUUCCCAAGGUUUCCAGAAGUACCUUCUGAGUGAGAAGCCACCUGCUGAAGGUGAUGAACAAGCAGAGGCAACUGAAGCCAACAAGAUUGAGAAUUCGGUACCUACUGGAGAGUCCAAAGAGAAGAAACGUAGCUCAUACGCUGAUUCACCCAACAGUGUGUCAUGCCCCUUCUGUUCGAGGAAGUUCCCUUGGACGAGCUCACUGAGACGUCACAUCCUGACACACACAGGACAGAAACCGUACAAGUGUGAGCGAUGUCCAAUUUGGUUCACUACCAAAUCGAACUGUGAACGACACUAUGCUCGAAAACACGGCCAAGGUGAGGAUCCUACGGCCCGCUCCGUUCCUGAUAGACCCUUUAAAUGCAACAUGUGUCCAAGCAGUACAUUCUCAACCAGAGGGAACCUUCGCAAGCAUUACUACCUGAAGCACUGGCCCAAUCGAAGACUCGGUGAGGGAACAGAAUUCUCUCCAGAACAACUUAGUAGUGACUCAGCUGAAGCUAUGGAGGAGGGAACUGAGGAAAGCUUUGGAAGCACAGAGUGCUCCUACAUAAUGCAGUUUUACUGCCCUUGCUGUAGUAGGAUGUUUGCAACUGUUAAACAGCUAGAAGAUCACAUUGGAGAAAUGGUUCCAGUCCCAUACCAGUGCCACCUUUGUUCUGUCAAGUAUUCCAAGAGGGGAGAUUGUUUAGAGCAUUUGAGAAAACAUCACGGUAGUGAGAACGAAUUUCUGGCAGCCUGCGGCCUUGUGGAACAUGACACAGAUGUGGCUAUUGCUCAUGGUGUGGGAAAUGAUGGCUCAUGUACUGAAGAAGAAGAACCUGCUGAAACACUUCAGAUGUUAAACUAUGCAAAGAGGAAUGCUACCUGUCCUGUCUGCUUAAGAAGGUUUCCUUCUAUAGAAGAGCUUAAAAGUCACUUCACACUGGUACACGUUGAAGGAAAACCAAAUGAUGUCUGUAAUGAUGCUGCUGAAGACCAGAUGGAGGUUGGAGAUGGGCAGCUUCCGGGCAAAUCAGAUGAGGACAUUCAGUGCGACCAACCACUUCAAUCAAAAACAUCAACAGUGGCAAUUCAUGAACAGAGUGAUAUCUCCCCUAGCAACUGUGCAAACCUUGAGAAGAAGCAAUCUAGUUGUGAAAAUGGUGAUCUCAUCCAGAAUCUUCUUGGAAUCAGGGACUCAAAGAUGAUAGAUGAAAUGCUCGACUCAGCUGAUUCAGCUGCUCGAUUGCUGGGAGUAAAACAGGUCUGAUCCUCUUAGCAGCAUCUUGUGCUAGUAAAGUGGUGUAAAAUUAGAUGAAAUUGCUUAUUGUACAGCCGCAGUAGAUAUUUUGUCUGGUUCUAUAUGAUCAAGCAGGUUGUACAGAAUUCAAUGAGUCAUUUUUCCUUUUAUUUGAUGCUCAAACUCGAUUCACAAAUGUUGCAAGUUCCUCAGUUUGUUUCUGUGCUGUACAAAUGGUGGCUUCAAAUUAAGUGCCCACAUGAGUUGUAUGAAAUGGUGUUGUUAUAAUGUGUGAGCAUAUAGAUAUGCAAUUCCUUUGUGAGCUGUUCUUGUAUGUUUGCAUUCUUAAGUUUUAAUUCUUGAGUUUGUUGAUGACAGUGGUGAUUAGCUAAGCAAUUGAUCUUUUUUUCAGUGCUGUGCAUCUGAAUAGUGUGCUCGGCAUUGUGGCAAACAGCAUCAUUUGAUAGAGCAGUAUGGUUGGCCUGCUGUGACUUAUUUCAUAUUUGAGGAGAGCCACAACUGCAAAAGAUUUCUUUUAUGUACAGUAGACUUUCAAAAAGAAUCUUUAUAUUGAGUAUAAGGGUGCUGCCUAUAUACUGCUAAAUGUGGCACAUUUUAUUUUUGCAAGCCUUAAAAUGCAGAUAUGGACCAAACGAAAAUCAUAUCCAGAGAGUGGGACCACCAUUGCUGUUGUCUUGGUACCUUUGUGUGUGCAUUGAUCAUAAAGGGUGCAUAUCAGAUACAUUCCUCGUCUACAUGACAGGUGCAACAUUUAAACUGUCAUUACCAGUAAGAAGUUGCUGGUACUGUUAAAAGUGCUUUCUCAUGUUGGCCUUAGAUUACCCCUGUGUGUUGCCUUGUAGUUUGUAUGUGUGUACUGUAGAUUAUAAGAACCCAGGCAGAUUUAUGGCCAGAAAAUUCAUAUAUUUUUUAUCGCUCUACAUAUACAUCAGCAUUGAUGUAGGUAUGCACGCUUCAUGCUGUAGAAAUGUGCCAUGUACUGCAUCGUAAGUUAUUGCUAUGCAAAAUUUUCACUGUUCUCAGUGCCUUUUGUGGUAGGUGCAGGCAGGCUGGUUAAUUAAUUAAUUGAGUUCAAUUUGCAAUGUCAGUGCCUUCACACUUUAAUUGCAGCUGUAAGUGCACAUGCUUCUCCUGCUAUUUGCGAGCAUGUUCAGGGAUUCCAGCUUUCAGUACAUAAAAUGUUCAUGCCUUAAUUCCAUGCAACCGUCCACUUGAAUCUACCUUGCCAUUCUGGAACGCAAUCCAUAUUAGGACAUCAAAAAAGUUCCAUUACGGAGACAAAUGAUACCUAAGCAAUAUAGUAUAGUCGUUUGCAAUGUGGUCAGUAAGUUUGCAGAAUACAUUUUGUGACAUGUUUAAUAAAUGCACAUGCAAAUGAAACAGCUGUACUACUUGCUGACCACUUAAUGCCAAUUGCAUUGCCAGUUGUUAAUUUUCCGUCUAUCAUCACUAUUUUUUUGGGUGCUACAAAUUGUAUCCUGUUGACAUCAAAGUUCUUAUGGUAAAGUCUAUUUAUGCACAUGCAGACAUGCUUUUUAGCAUCCCUCAUGAAUGUUGUAUUUCUGUUGCCUCACACAAUGUGCCUGCAUGCUGCUUUUAGUACAAGGUUUACGUCAUGUGACAAAGUCAAAGUAUGCCGUGUACGUAUGUAAGCACCCGACCUCUCUUGUUCAGGUUACUACCUCUAUCACUUCACACGAAGCAAGUUGUUGUAGUUCAUAUGCAUUGCCUUUAUACAGUUGCUAUGGUGGAAUAUGCAUGGUACUUAGAGUUCUAUUUGGCUACUGUUCAAACGCGAUACUGGUAAAAGGUACAGCAUGCCUUAUAAUAUUAAACACAAAGUAGCACACAGAAGCCCCACAGAAGGAAUGAUGCGAUUGUCUCCACCAAUUAAGAGCUCGUUGGUCAUCAUCUAAGCCACCCCCAUACUUCUGUUGGCAUUUUUAGGGCUAUAGAACUGAUAGUCCUCACAGUUUUCUGGCUCGAUUUGAAGCGUUUUAAGUCUUUUUCAAAAUGCAAGCGAAACGUGAAAUGCAGAAAAAGAUCAGCCGUGUGCAUCACUUGCAAACCUUGGUGGUGCUAGUUUGCAGAGGUACUCAAAGUACAUAAAAUAUGAAUGUCUUGGUGUCUCAAGUGUUAUUAGAAGCAGCUGCACAGUACAUCAGACGUGUCCCAUUCAGUCUGAGUACCUAAUGCCAAACACUCCUUUUCUCAUUUCUCAAAGGGAAGAAAUUGCUACCCUAAGGAGGGUAUAAGUACUUACCACCUAAGCAGAUUCACGGAAGUGGGACCAAAAGUUACUGCUUUGCGGCUUUCAUUGAAGUGUAAUGUGCAACCAUGGAAAUAUGUCCAAUCAUACAUGUCACCAAAACUAAAAGCCACAGGUGAAUGCAUAGAUAACACAUCCUGUCACACACAAUGCACCACAAGUGUCACUUUAUCUCUACACAGCUUUACAACAUUUUGAAAUGCAGCCAUUACAGAGAUUGCUGGCCUAGUCGCAUGUUAGAUUUCUAGUGACAUUAAACAUUUUUGUCCAUA